GGUAUGGCCUACCACGAUACGACCCUGGAGAGCGAGCUGCUGGAGCAUUUUUCCUGUUUAUCUGUUAGCAUGGAUGAGAGUGUGAUCAAUCAUGAGCUCCCUGACCUCGAUAUAAGUCCUGGUUUGUUAUAUUUAAGUGACGAGGUGCUGAUUGUGAUUGUCACUCACCUGGAGCCGGUGUCUUUGUUGAGACUCGGCAGCACCUGCUGCAGGUUGUUCCGGGUUUGUUCCUGUGACUCGUUGUGGACUCGACACUUCAGGGACUCGUUUGGGGUAGGCCUGCCGAACAUCACCACAGCCGGUUACGCCGCCAAGACCGCCUUUCGUCUAGUGUUCAUGUGGAGAGCCCUUUUCCGAAACGUCCACUGUAACCGGUCCCUUCAGGAGAAGCUGUUUGCUCAAGUGCCUUUCCCUCCACAUGCGUACUGGACACAAUGGCUUGUACUAGAGGAUCGAGUGCCUUUACCUGCCGCCCAGCUACCGUGUGCCGACGUGGAGAAGCUGUGGGGGACGCCGAGAGAUCUGCUCACUGAGAAACUUCAAGAGAACCCAGAAGGCGAUGAGACGCUCAGGAUGGAAUGGAGGGAGUUGUAUAACCUCGCCGUCAUUCAUCAUGGAAGUACAGCAAUGCUCUUUCACUACGUUCUUAAGCAGCACCAAAGCAGUGAUCAUUCAGAACUGGAGUCAAUGUACCGCCAUUACACCCAGUGCAGGUUCCAGUGGCUUUUCACUUACUGGCUCUUUCGCCAGCCGGCUCCGAUGAACCGCCAGCUGAGAGCCAUAUACCUUCAGUGGAGGAAGCACAGUAAGAAGAAAGUUUCCACAUGGGGAGAAACCUUGUGUGACGUGAGAUACCUGGCCUCCCUCCAUCCCAUCACCAGUGACUACUGGAAGGGCAGACUGGCUCGGGGAGAUGAGAACGUCGGGAUUCAUACAGUAGGAAACUACUUCUCCAUGUGUAAGUCAGUAGUGGCCUGGAUCCUGGGGCGUGACUGGGGCAGACUGAAACGCAGGAAGGUUUAUGAAGACACACUGAAUGGCGUGUACCUGCUGUUAAAGAGGGAGAUGCAGGAGAGGCUGGUGGACCACGAGAGGUUCUGGCAGGUGGCCAAGGUACAGAUGAGCCGUGUUUGCACCCUGGAGGAGACGGCUGUGAACUACGUCAACUGGAAGAUGAUCGAGACGCUUCCUUAUUACAAGCUAUAUCUGGUGUCGGGUAACAGUGUGUACCUGCAGCACGUGCAGGGUUUCCUGCGCAGGAAGAGGAUGCUUCAUGACUGGAUCUACCUGGAGGACAACACCUGGCUCAGAGAACUGCUUCCUGAUGAGCUCUUCACACUGCUGGUGUUCGACACCAAGAUCUCUCAAGGCAAUUUACACGGUGCCUCUGCGAGCGCUCAGCUCAGUCGGUUGGUCUGGCUGUACCUGCACUCAGGUGAGCAGCUCUACAUGGAGGGAGUGAAGCAGGCGGUGCUGCAGGACGUUCACACACGACUGGCCGUCAGCACCGACGUCCUCUCAGCAGACCUCUGGCAGCCCGGCCUCAGGCCUGUCUCACCAUGA